UUACGUGAGCGAAUAACGAGAAGGGAGCGCUGACGUGACACCACCACCACUCCCCCUACCCAGCAACGUAGCACACUCACAACAGCAGCAGUAGCUCAACGUCUUGUGUCGAGACCUUGAUGGUGUUGGUGUUGUUGUUUUUGUUAUUGGUUUAACAAACAAACAAAAAACUUUUCUCGCCCUCCUCCUCCUCCCCUGCGUGUGAAUCAUCUGGCUGAAGAAGGAGUGUUCAUCGCAGGGAAUGUCUAGCUUCAGAGGAAAACCGAAAUCCAGCCCAGGGAGUGGUGGUACACGUCAUCCAAAGCAGGGAAGCACGGGAGAACAUAGGAGAUCUGGUCAGCACGAUCAAAAACAGGGUGAAGGACCGGGGUAUAACGGCCCACAAAAUCAACAGCAUAAAGGAAAACAAGGAGGCCAAAAGGCUGAAACCGGCCAACCUGGAUACAGACAAGGAGGAGGAGGAGGAUCAACUGAUAACCAGACUGUCCAGGCCGCAUCACUAUAGACAAGGAACGACAGCAGAAUGUCAAAAACCUAGGCCACGUGAUCCAAAGCAAGGAGGAAUACCAGAGUUAAAUAAACUUAACCUGGAUUUCUUAAGAUCGGAGAAGACUGACUCGGCUUAUUAUAGACAAGGAGGACUCCUUGAAAAACAUAAGAGUGGCCCACAUCAUCAUCGGCAAGGAGAAACGACAGACCACCAAAACGCAUGCCAAAAAGAUCAAAGACCAAAAGGAACUGCAGACCAUCAACAGAGUCGUCCACAUCAUAAAUCAGAAGGGGUGGGACAGCAUCAAAAGCCCUCUAUAAUCCCACAUCAACAGAGACCCAACGCUUAUAUUCAUAAACCAAGAAAUGCCACAUUUCAGCACAAGCAACCUAGGAAUUACUCAGCCAGUGCAGUUUAACACGUACAAAACCCCCAUUGUCGAAAACACACAGUACUUGUUAAAUUUGAAACCGCCGACAGUGCACUGUAGAAGAUAAGACUGCAAACGUAUUGGCGAACGUGAACAGGCAGGUCCCAGUUGUAGACAUCGGCCGAGUCAACCAGACUGCACAGGACUGCCUGACUGCCUUGGCUGACACUGACCAGCAUGUCUCCAAAGAUGUGGUGUCCGCACUGCUUUGUAAGUGCCUGAAAGUUCCGUCGGUGACGGCAAUGGGCCUGAAGAGCGAGUACGACAUCCCUGCCAUCGCAGAAUUCAUGAAAACCCACAAGGCGGUGCAUACGUUCAUCAAGGCCUACAAGAGCAUUCGCUGCAUCAGCACUUUGCACGAGCUGGGCCAGGAUGCGGCCGCCCUGCAGAAGAAGGGGGACUUCCGCGAGCUGGGCCUUGGGCCACUUUGCCGCCACCCCGCGGUAGCUGCACAGUACGGAGUGCUGAGCUCGAUGAAGGACGGCGACAUACCCAAGAUCACCACCGCGGACGUCCUGAAGAACCUGCAAUCGUACAUGCUGAGUAACCAGGGCCAGCGAGUAGAUCAGGCCGAAUUCAUGAGGCACCUGAAGGACAAAUACAGACUGAACAGCGUGCAGGAGCUGGGAGUCAGCAUCACCAGCCUCGGACUCGCCAUUUCUACGAUUUUCAAAGUGCAGCGGUGUGACACGGAAGCACGUGAGCAAGCACGGGCCCAGCUGGAAUGCGACGUUCUCAGGGACUUGGAGGCCAAGCUCCAGCGGCAGAAGCAGAGCCUUCUCAACCUGUUCGAUGAUGGGGACGGAGGUGCCAGGCUGAAGCAGCAAUAUGCCAGUCAGUCUGCAUCAGAGCUUCUCUACGUAGUCUUCAAGAAUGCCGAUCAGAUCUUCAGCAACAAGAUAAAGAAGACUGUUCAGGACUUCCUGUCCCUGGCGGCAGGAGACCCCUUGGCCAAGACGCUGUUCCAGAUAGCAGUGUGCGGAGGUUCCCUUGUGACCCCCUCUGAACCGGGACUCAGUGAGAUGUCCUCGAACGCCUUCAAACUUAAGGCCGACGACAUUCAGCCCACUCUUGCAGAAAGCGUCGUGCGGGAUGAGAUGCUGGAGCUGCUCAGUGGAAGCGGCGCCGCUGCCUCCCUGAGCCUGGGGGACCUGGCUGAGAUUGAGAAGCAGCUGGCGGAGCGCUUCAACGUUCCCGACUUCCCCAGCCUGGGCCAUGGCUCUUUCCUCGAAUUUUUGAACGGCAACUCUAAGGUGCUGGGAAAGGCCGGGGUGUCAACACUGAGCUUGGACACUUCGGAGGCGCACGACGUCAGAUUUUCUUCGAGCGGCAAACAGCUCAUUGACUUUGACGCGUUGUGCGUUAACUUGAACACCACCGAGGACCAGGAUAAGGAGCCUCAGCAACAAGACGAGCCAUUCAACGACCCUUCCAGCCAGUCGCCCAUCUUCCCUGGGAUGACACGAAGCGACGGCAGCCGGGAUGUACAGAAGAGCCAGGCUGGCCUGGGCGUGCAGGGGAACGUGGGUGCAGACCGGGCACUGCAGUGCCUACUGACUGCCCCCCUCCUGGAGGACCUGGCCGCCUGGUCCCAUUGGGAGUUACUCUUUGAGCAGAAGCACGGCCCGCUCAAGGAAUUUAUUGAGAGCGUUUGCUCGGGCAAGGUAGCCAAGCUGGGAGAAAAGACGGCGGCCAAAGCGGUGCUGGCCGAGGUCUCCGAGCUGCUUGCUCUGGAGGUGCAGCCGGGACUGCUGCUGCGUGUCGCUGCCGAGCCGUCGCCCGAGAAAUUUGCGGAAGCCGCCCUCCACCGCGACCCCGUGGUGUCGGUGGCUCAGCUCGUGUCGCUGGUGGCAGCCCAGGGCCUCUCGGAAGCUCCCCUGGCGCUGCUGGCAAUCGAAUAGAAGUGGUGCUCACGAUCAUGGCCGAAGAGAAAGUCGACCUCUACACGGCGGGCGGCAUGCAGGGUGGUGCAAUCACGGCUGCCCACUUUGUCCUCGACUGCCUCUGCCAGAUCCCUCUGCAGCUGUGCAAAGACCUCGCUCCGCAGGUGUUCCUGGCUCCGUUUGAGCACACCAUGGGAGAAGCCGACUGGCAAGACCUGCU